AUGGCGGGCAAGCGGCUUCUUGACAUCGCUGCACUCUUCAGCGCGUCCCGCGGUGUCGCUCAGAAGCAUGUUGCAUUGCGAUCUAGACAGCUCGAUGUCUACAACCGGACGUCGACGUUAGCCAGAGCAGCACGAAGCCAGACAGAUCGCGUUACGGAAACAGUGAAAGCUGCCUCAUUCUUGGCCUCAAGGCUCAACGAGGAUGCGCCAGAGUGGGCUUCGCAGAGCCCAGACAGUACUUCCAGCAAGGGCGAACAGGCUGCGCUGCCCGGGAAGCAGACAACCACUGUAUCUCCCAGAACCGGUACUCGAAGCGAUACCGAGCAAGAUAAUGUCCAUGAGAAAUAUGCGGCGAACUCUGCCGUUGAUGCGGCUCCGGAAGGCCAGUUGGAAAUCAAGCAGAAGUCUGCCAGUCGAUACCCUCUCCCUGAUGGCACAAUUCCACAGGAAGAUACGGCCUUGAGCAAGCCAGCUAUUGAUCACGAUACUCUACCGACAAGGCCUGUGGAUGAGCUGGGAAAGGAGCCAUUACACAACGAGGGAAUCACGCCGGUCUCUUCUGACGGCUCCUCCAUUCUCAUGCCUGAAGGUCCAGGAGCAAAUACAACCUAUGUGACUCAAAUACCCUCGAGCACCGCAGAUGCUAUGGAUAGCUCUACCAAGGGGCCUCUGGAGGAUGAUCAUGGCGAAGACAGCUUCUAUAGAAAGUCGAAACACAAUCCCUCUUUACCCAAGGUUGAAUUACCCAGGCAUACUUCAACUACCCAGGAAGGCAGUCCCCAACUCCCUCUGGGCCAACUGAACUCUGACUCGUACUACAAUACCUCUUCAAAUGCUGGCGAAGAAUAUCCUCCCGAAGGAGUCAAUACAGAUCUGUUUCUCAGUCCACGAGUCGCUCGAAUGCUUGGUGGAGACACUCAUACGGCUGGAAUUCUCUCCAAAAAAACCAACCUUGAUAUUCCGGCUCCAGGUAUUCACCCCGUAACAUUGGAAAACCAGAAGCUCAAAGAUGAUUCCAAUGCCCGACAGGCGAGCAGUGCCGCGGGAAAUGGCAUUAAAGCUGCAGGGCAGAUAGGCCAAAUGGACCAAGAUGUUGAGCAGCUAGCUCGAUCGAAUGCAGCGGAGUCGCUUGAUACCCCAAACCUGACUCCACAUGAGCUAAGAGAAUCGAAAGUACCAUCUUCAAGGCUAGGCAGACUGUUGAACUAUGGUGGCCUAGCUGCUGGUAUGUUCGGAGGGGCAAUCAGCGAGAGCCUUCGACGAGUAGGUGGCGGCGGUGGAGAAGGGUCCUACAUGCUCAGUGAAGCUAACAUGGAGAGACUUGUGUCCAAGCUGUCGCGCAUGAGAGGGGCAGCCUUGAAGCUAGGUCAGGUAAUAAGCUUCCAGGACUCAAAAAUGCUUCCGGCUCCUAUCCAGCAAGUUCUGCAGAGAGUUCAAGACAGAGCGGACUACAUGCCCCCCUCACAGCGCGAUAAGGUGCUCACCACCAACCUGGGCCUCGAUUGGAAAGAAUUAUUUUCCAGUUUUGAGGAAAAGCCAAUAGCCGCGGCCUCAAUCGGCCAGGUCCACAGUGCUGUGCUGAAAUCGAAUGGGGCGCGGGUUGCUGUAAAAAUUCAAUAUCCUGGUGUGGCAGAAUCCAUCGACUCGGACCUCAACAAUCUGGGCCUUCUCCUCACUGCUUCUCGUCUAUUGCCGAAAGGACUGUUCCUAGACAAGACUAUAGCUAACGCUCGAAUUGAGUUGGCCUGGGAAUGUGAUUAUGUUAGGGAAGCAGAAUCCGGACGUCGGUUUAAACGGCUGCUAGCCGACGAUGAAGAGGUCUUCCUUGUCCCGAAGGUGUACUCCGAGGCUUCAGGAAAGCAAGUUUUGACUACGGAGUUUAUGGACGGGAUUGGGGUGACGAGGGCUCAGAGCUUCACCCAGGACCAGAAGGACUGGAUCGGUACUCAGAUCCUUCGACUUUGCUUACGCGAAAUUACUGAAUUCAGGUUCAUGCAAACAGAUCCCAAUUGGACCAACUUCUUGUACAAUUCAAAAACAAACAAGCUCGAGCUCCUUGACUUUGGAGCAUCCAGAGAAUAUCCCGAGUUUUUCAUUACGAGAUACACCCAGCUCCUAGCGGCGGCAUCGAGAUCAGAUAAGAAGGAAGUUGAAGCUUUGUCUAUUGAUCUUGGCUAUCUGACAGGGCAGGAGUCUAAAGCUAUGCUUGAUGCACACAUCGCAUCUAUAUUAACACUUGCCGAACCAUUCCUAGAUUCAUCCCCGGAGGUGUAUGAUUUCAAGGACCAAACUAUCACAGAGAGAGUGAAAGGAUUAAUCCCGUUGAUGAUUAGAGAGAGGCUGGCUCCACCACCAGAGGAGACAUACAGCUUGCACAGGAAGCUGAGCGGGGCAUUCCUGCUUUGUGCAAGGCUAGGGAGUCGUGUAAGAUGCCGAGAGCUGUUUGAAAAUAGCAUGAAGACAGCAAACCUUUUGUAG